AUUCUGCGAGCAGUCUCAAGUCUCUAAUAGAGACGAAUCUGUGGUGAAAUCUAUUUUGAGACUGUUUGGUAUUCUGGCGAGUUUGUCUCAUCUCUAAUUGAGCCAUAUCAGUCUCUAACUUGUUAUGUGCUUUGCAGCAGGUCAUAGAAAAAUAAGAACACAACAAUGGCUGAUGAAGUUGGACUAUUUUACCUUAUGAUGAAAAAACGAGAGGAGGAAGAGAGCUACAUUCGCAGGCGCAAUCUGACUGUUUUGCGAAACAAAAAUUAGCCGUUUUUAUACGAAGAGAACACAUUCAGGAAGUUCUUCCGAUUUCCCAAAUCUUUGUGCUGGGAUCUCAUUAAUCAACUCAAGCCGUAUGACCAACAGCAAACAUCGAUUCCAUUUGAACUUCGGUUUAUUUCAGUUUUAUAUUUUUUAUGCAAUGGCUCAUAUCAGUGUUGCGUGGGAAACGCAUAUUUCGCGGUGAUGAGCCAACCCACCAUUUCCCGUUGCAUCGAAUAUAUUUGUAAAUUGGUGGUGGAGCGUAAACACGGCGAAGUGCGUUUUCCUAAUUCUGUUGAAGAAUACAAUAGAAUUAAGACUGGAUUUUAUUCGAAAUUUGGAAUAAAGGGUGUAAUUGGAGCAAUUGAUUGCACUCAUGUUGGCAUAAUUGCACCUGCCUUGUCAAGCACAGUUGUACCGCAUGAUUAUAUGAACAGAAAGGGUUAUUAUAGCAUUAAUGUUGAAGCGCUUUGUGAUGAUGAACUAAUUUUCCGGCACGUGAAUGCAAAAUUUCCCGGCUCAUGUCAUGACUCCGGUAUAUGGACUACUUCGCCAGCAAGGAUAAAGUUAAUAAGAGAACACUCUGAUGGAGCUUUUAAAUGGCUUUUGGGUGAUUCGGGAUAUCCAUUGGAGCCAUGGCUUCUUACACCGGUGGCAAACCCUGAAACACCAAAUGAACAAAACUUCAAUACUAGGCACAUAAAAGCAAGAAACACUAUUGAAAGAGCAUUUGGAGUUUUAAAAUCACGCUUUCGUUGUAUUUCAAGAGAACGUACAUUGCGGUAUAAACAUUCCAAAGCGGCAUUAUUUGUUUAUACUUGUACAAUAUUCCACAACAAUUUACAAAACCAUGGAAUUUUUCUAAAUGACACCGAAAUAUUGCCAGAUCGAUCACCUCCUGAAAAUGUGGGAGCAAUCUCUGAAAUCCAUUCGGGGGAGUAUUACACUCGAGGCAGAGCAGCACGUCAAAGGUGCAUUAACACAUUAAAUAAUUAAAAUUCUACAUAUACAUAUAUUUCAAUUCAAACUUCAUUUAUUUAUAAAAUAAAUAAACAUAACAAUAAAAUAAU